AUGGAGUGUACGGUUUUCACUCUCAAUCAGAAUGAAUCCGCACUAAAUUUGGGGUUCAGAUCUGCAGGAGUAUUAGCAGCUGUUCAAACCAGUGUCAAUCACAUACAGCCUGCCAUUGAAGAAAUCACUCACAAGCAAAGAGAGCGGACCAAGCUUCUUCGUGUGGAAUCGCCGCGCAAAAACGCAGAGCCGCUGGAAUCGCGUUUCUGCCCCGAUGUUGCGUUCAAACUGGUGGUGGUUGAACUGUGUGAGCAUCAAUUUGCAAUUGUUUUGCGAAACUCUCUGACUCUGCCUCUGUCUCCAGUUCUCUGGCUCUCACUCUCUAUUUCUGGAAUCUGGAUUGCUGCUGCUCUUCUCCUCCCCUUCACUGGUAGUUCAGGAAUGGCAUCGACUCAAGCUAAUGCAAGUGAAAAUCCGACUAACAUUCCAGCUUCUCAAACUGAUGUAGGAUGGGAGCACGGGAUAUCUGUUGGAGAAGAUGGAAAGAAGAUACAAUGUAAAUACUGUCAUAAAAUUUUUUCAGGAGGAGUUUAUAGAUUGAAACACCACUUAGCAGGAACUCAAAAAGAUGUUGGGGCUUGUACAACUGUUAGUGAUGAAGUUAAAAAGCAAAUGUGGGAUGUUGUGAGUGGGUUACAAGUAAAUUUGAUGAAGAAAACAAACAAUGGCAUCCCCUUUAAUGUUUCAAGGAGCGAGGAAUACAGUAGAAUGUUUGAGAAAGCUAUAAGAUACGGACAAGGAUUCAAGCCACCAUCCUACCAUGAAUUAAGGGUGCCUCUUUUGAAGAAACACGUGGAGCUUGUUCAACAAUCACUAGAGGAACAUAGAGAAUAUUGGAAGCAGGUUGGUUGCACAAUAAUGACUGAUGGUUGGACAGAUAAGAGAAGACGGACCAUCCUAAAUUUUUUGGUUAAUAGUCCUAAAGGGACUGUUUUUUUGAAAUCCAUUGAUGCCUCUCACAUUACUAAGACAGCUGAUAAAAUCUUUAAAAUGAUAGAUGAUGUGGUUGAAGAGGUUGGUGAAGAAAAUGUCAUCCAAGUUGUCACCGAUAAUGCGGCUAACUACAAAGCUGCAGGAGAAAUGCUAAUGAAAAAGAGAAAAAAGUUGUUUUGGACGCCUUGUGCAGCACAUUGCAUUGAUUUAAUGUUAGAAGACUUGGAAAAAAAAGUAACACUUCACAAGGACACAAUUUAUAAAGGUAGAAAGAUUACUACUUACAUAUAUGCUAGAACUGCUCUUAUUGCACUACUACACAUCCACACUAAGGGAAAAGAUUUGGUGAGGCCGGGUAUGACCCGUUUUGCAACUUCUUACCUUACUUUGGGAUGUCUCAAUGACAACAAAGGUUCCUUAAUAAAAAUGUUUCUUUCUGAUCAAUGGACUUCUAGUAAUUUUGCAAAGACAAAAGAUGGAAAGAUAAUUGCAAGUGUGGUGUUAGAUAAGGUGUUUUGGAAGGAAGUCGUAAUUUGCUUGAGAGCUGCCUACCCUCUUCUUUAUGUGCUUCGUAUGGUGGAUUCAGAAGAAAAGCCGGCAAUGGGAUUUAUUUAUGAAGAAAUGACAAGUGCAAAGGAGAAAAUACGAGAUGCAUUUCAAGGAGUUGAGACAAGUUAUAUACCUAUUUGGGAUAUUAUUGAUGCAAGAUGGGGCAACCAACUUCAUAGGCCAUUGCAUGCUGCAGGCUAUUAUUUGAAUCCUCAGAUUCAUUAUAGCUCUGGUUUUAAAAUUGCUUAUGAGCUUAAGAAGCAGUUUUAUGCUUGUAUGGAAAGGAUGACAGGAAAUCCAGAUUUAAUCACUAAGAUGGAUGUUCAACUUGAAGAUUUUAAAACUCGAAAAGAGUUUUUUGGUAGUAAAGUAGCUCAAAAUGCAAUUUAUACUAAAACUCCAGCUCAAUGGUGGGAUUCUUAUGGAGAUCAGCAUCCAGAGCUCCAACAAUUUGCAAUUCGUGUCUUGAAUUUAACAUGUAGUUCAUCUGGAUGUGAACGUAAUUGGAGCGCUUUUGAGAUGGUUCACACAAAAAGGAGAAACCGUUUGAAAGCUAAAACCAUGAAUGAUGUUGUGUUUGUGAUGACAAAUUCAAGAUUAGCAAAGAAAAAACAAACUAGAAGAAGUCUUGAUUAUGACUAUAGUCUUGAUGAGUUGGACUCUGAUGAAGAGUGGAUUGUUGCUGACGAAGAUGGAGAAGAAGAAGAUUUAGAUACUCUAAUCUCAGAUCCUGAUUUAAAUGAUGGAGCAAGUGGUAAUAGAGUUGUUGGUGCCUCUAAGGAUCCUUUGGCAAUUCCUUAUCUUGAUGAUGAUGAGUUUGAAGAACUUCUCCAAGGACCUCUUCCUCCUGCUCCUGAUAAUGAUGAAGAUGGUAAUGCAGAAGUUUGUGAAACUCGUGAAGAUUUUAUAACUGAUGAAGAAUAG